AUGAGCCCGUCCAGCAACGAAAUCCCCCCAUUUUCAACGGCCUUAGUACAGGCCUCUUCGAGGCCCCAAGAUGAGUCUCAAGGACACUUCAAUAUAGCUAAACCCGCGGCGGUUUCGGCUACUCCAGCUGUGCCAGUGGUGUCUAACAUUGCAAAUACACCCGCUUUAGUUGUCGCUGAGCUGGCACCAUCAGGCAAUUUUCACCCUAUUGUUGGGCCCACCGUUGCUCCACUCCAGUCUACGGCUUUGCCAGAGUCUGGAAUUUCAACAUCCAAGACCUUUGUCGGUUCGCCAGAUCAACAGCGGAGCUCGACAUUGCCUUUAGGAUUGAAUUCCCAAGUUUUGCACCAAGACGGGAAAAGAAGCUUGGUUCUUGACGAGCCUGCUGAUUCUCCCAAAGAGUCCCCUGCAAAAAUACAAAAGAUCGAACAAACCCAGCCAGUGGAUCCGUCUCCUAGAACCUCGCGGUUUUACAGAUUAGUGGGAUCAGGUUCAGACCCUAAAAAUGGGGAUUCGGGUCCUUCACAUCACUAUCAUCCGUUCCUGUACCCACAGCAUAAGUCAAGAGCUAGUCCGUUUCUGGACAUUGGCGGGCUUCCAAAACGGUACUUUAACGAUACUUCAGCCCCUUUGUACACCUCGAUACCCACCCUCAAACCUACGAAAGAGGAGUUCGCUGAUCCAGCCAAAUUUAUAGACUCGAUAGCUGAACUUGGUGAGAAGUACGGUGCCGUGAAAAUCAUUCCUCCGGAUGGCAUUUUACAGGAUAAGCCAAGUCUGAACACGGAGCUGUUUUGGUUCAAGACCAAAAGACAGCUACUGGCAUCCUUGAAAACGGAACUUAAUUCGCGGUCUCAGUUCUACAAGAGCAUUAUUUCGUUCUACAGAAAGACUGAUGAGACGUUCUCGCUAAAGCUGCCCAGCAUUGACAAACGUACUCUUGAUCUCCAUCGUCUACAUAAUUCGGUCAGAUUGAAAGGUGGAUACGAUGUGGUGUGUCAGAAGAAACUGUGGGCUCAAAUAGGUAGAGAAUUGGGCUAUUGUGGAAAGAUCACAAGCUCUUUGUCGUCCUCGUUGAAGUCAGCGUACCUUCGGAUGGUCUAUCAAUUUGAUCUUUUCGAGGCUGGGCUGAUUUCAGAACCCAUUCCGGAGAAUGAUUUGACUAUCCAGAAAGACUCUUGGAAGAGUCCCAAUGCAGCAGGUCUCCGUAAAGUCCCGGUAUUGCAGCAUUUGAUGGGAUCGCCUAUUGAAAGCCCUUUGGACUGGAAAUCUCUUAGUUCCGAAGACCUUGAAGCGUACAAAAAGAGACUUGUGGAACACCAGUCUUAUCAUGUUAAUGGAUCCUCCUCACAACUGAGAAGGCCUCGGGAUUUACUGAUCAAUAAAGGCUUCAGGAUAAACUUUGACACUCUCACCGAUGUGAGAGUAGGCGUUACAUCACCAACUGAAGCCACUCUCGGUAGUUAUGACUUCUAUCACUGGGCAGGUUCACUUGUUGUGGAAGAUUCGUCAGAUUCUGAGCUGCAGCAUUCUCCGUUGUAUAAUCUGAAGCAGUUCGUGGACCGAAACAGCAAGUUUGAGGAGAACACCAUCUUGCAGAACGGUGACUCCUAUCCAACUUCUCGCGAGCUUGAAAGUCUUUUUUGGAAAGUGCUGGGUGAUGACGAAACAUCCAUUGAAGUAGAGUCUGCUGCUGGAAUUCCCUCGAUAGUUCACGAUACCACCUUCCAGUCCGUGAACAAAUUUGACGCAGAGAUCGCUUCUCGAAGGUCUGAUACGCUCAAUCCCUGGAAUCUGAACAACUUGGGCAUAAAUCCUUCUUUUUUGCUGAGCUAUCUCUCUGAAGAGAGUUUAGACUCGUUAGUUAGACCGUCCAUCGACAUAGGAAUGCUUUUCAGUUGUGUGUCAUGGAAAUUGGAAGACCACUUCUUAUGUUUGGCCGAUUACUUACACAUUGGUGAGCGAAAAGUUUGGUACUUUGUUCCUCCUCACCACCAGCAGAAGUUCGAGGAGGUGUUGCAAAUGGUCGUCUCUGAACGUGAGCAGAAGUUGCAAAAAGAAAGAGAGCAAAUUGAUGAAUUCAAACAAAAUGUUGAGGGCAGUGACAACGUUCACAUCAGUCUGGAUGAUACUUUGACGGAGUUGGAGACAAACCUACCCCAUAGAUACGGACUGAAAGAUGUGGUCUUAGAUGAUUUAUUUCCGCGUGUUGAGCCCUUGGUCAAAUCGGACGAUGUCUUCAUAUCUCCUGAACUGUUGUUAGCUCAUGGGAUUGACGUCUAUUCAUCUUAUCAGCAGCCUGGUGAGCUGAUCAUUAAAUUUCCAAAAGCUGUUUCCUCUUCCGUCUCGCUCGGACUAACUGUUUCUGAGUCUGUGAACUUUGCUCCUUCAUCCUGGAUCCCAUACGCAUACGAAGCAGAAAACUGGCUUGCAAAGCAGCAUCUUCCUCCCAGAUUUUCUACAUUCAGACUUGCAAAAAUCAUUUCAGAGGAAUGCAAGGACAUUGGGGUUUUGAAAAGGAUGUCAGAGGUCGUUUCGCCAGUAAUUGAUAAAGAAAUUGAGCUGAGAAAAGCCCUUCGCGAAAUCCCUGACGUUGAAACAGUUGUGGCCGUGUUGCGUAAUGAAGAGGAAAAAGAGCUGAUCACCGAUAUUGAUGUGAGCUUUGGAUAUCCUUCAAAGGUGGUUAUAUUUCAUGGCGAAAACAGUGUUAGCGUUUCUUCAAAGGUAUUUUUGGAGAAGUACCAGCAGAUGAAGGAGGAUGAUUCCAAAAAGAUCUCCAGAAUAGAGCUUCACACUUUUGAAUCUGACAACUCUCUGCUGGAGCUCAAAAGAACGCUUCAGCAGUCUGCAACAGCUGGUGAAAACUGGUUAGAGAGACUGAGAGAAAUGUAUGAAGCAAGUGAGAGAGUACAGCUCAAGACAUUGAAGCAGCUUUAUGUCGAUGGAAAGCACCUUCUGCCGUUCCAGUAUGAUGAUCCUGCCGUUGGCAAGGAGAUAGCUGAGGGCUUUGAGUCUGUGAAGAGGGUUUUGCAUGAAUGCGAGCAGUGGGUGGAACAGGCUCAAAAAUUUAUCUCGAUCAAGCACCAAUCUCGGACGAGGGGAAGGAGGGGUCAUACCAGCGAUGUCCAGGACAAAAUGGAGGUGGAUCUUGUGCCAGAGUCAUUGAAUGUCUCUGCUCUACAAGAGCUUCUUGAGUUCAUACCAAAGAUCCCUGUGACAUGUCCAGAAAUUGACCAGCUUCUGGAAUUGGGAAACGAAGUUGAGCAGUUUGAAAUCAGUGCCAGGAGCAUGCUGGAUUCCCCGACUGCUUCUUCGAAACAGGAGUUAGAAAACAUGAUAACCUUGGGCCAAUCUCUUGCUUUGCCUUUGGAAUCGUUGUCAUUUCUGCGCAGACUCAUGAGACGGAUCGUGUGGUCAGAAAACAUGGACAAUUUGGAAAAUAACAUUCCCGACCCUGCACAUCUUCAGGCAUUGAUAGUGGAGGGAAUGGAGGUUGCUUCGGAGUCCGAUCGUGAAAGAAUUCAAAAAUGUCAGGAACUCCAUGAUAAAGUCGUUCACGCAAACAACGUGAUAUACUCCUGGCUGAGUAUUCCAAUGUUAGAGAUUGCGCCUCUUAUGGAUUUGGAGAGAGAAUAUAGAGACUUCCCAUAUAGUCCCGAAUUAAAGUUCAGGCUUACAGAUGUUAUCUCGAUUUAUAACAGCGUGAAGUCAAAGAGCGAAGAUUACGCUCGCAGGACCGAGCUGGUGAACGAGGCCAAAAGAGAACUGUUGGAUAUUGUAUCCACUGCGAAUGCAACGACAUCAGUACCAUCUUACUCCUUUCUUCAGGUGAAUGCUGAUAAGAUGAAGGAAAUAGCCGAGAUGUCGCCUUCUCCAUUCGAAGUUCAUGAGGUCAUGCAACAGGCGGCCACUUUCGCCAAUGUGGUAACCAACUUCAAUGUUAUCCCGAGUUUCAAGUUUUUGGAGGACCUGGCGUCGAAGUUCAUGAGCACAUCUUUAUCGUCGGUGGGUAACCUGAAGAGGGAACUUGAAUCAGCUGCUAUCCAGAGCAACAAGAUACUGCAGGCUGAGGCUGACAUUUUCAUACCGCACUCCUCGACGAAUAACAAAUACUUUUGUUUCUGCAGAGAGAUGGAAAGUGGCUAUAUGAUAGAGUGUGAGGUUUGUCGGGAGUGGUACCAUUUCAAGUGUGUUGGGAUAUCCAAGCCUAGAGGUAAGAAAGAACUGGUCUUUGUUUGUCCAAUCUGUGACUCCAAGCGCUUGAAGAGAAGUACCUCGAACCACUCUCGUGACCUCAACAAGCGACCAAAACUAGAUCCGCUUGCUGCCUUGAUCAAAACCGGAUUCCAGACGAUGACCUACUUUCCUCCUGAGUUCAACUUGGUCCUUGAUAUGGUUGUAAAGGCAACAGCGUUCAAAAACGAAGUGCAGGCUGCGUUCCCUGAUAUGUCAUUCGAGAAGCGCAUUAUCAAGAAAGAGAUGCUAGACCUGAACAAAAUCAGGUUCUACAUUAGAAAGUUGGAGGGUCUCGGGAUAUUGCUGGAAGCUGAGCACAGUGUUUUGAAAGCAGCUCUACAAAUAGCGACCGAAAGUGCCCAGAAAGUAUCCGAAGGUGUUCCUUCGACAUCUGAGGAUGGUGUGGCUACUUUGGUUCUACCAGUCGAAGUGGAGACUUUGCAGGGAUCAGAGGAACUACCUCUGCCGGAACUGGCGCCUGUCACAACGAAGGUCUGUAACAAACCUGAAGCUUCUGAGAAUUUUCAGGUGACAAUGGAAGCGUUUCAGAAAUCCACAAAUACUCCAUUCGAGGACUCUUCCCUGGCUGCUGGUGAGACUGAAAAAGUCAACCCAGUGUCUGAGGUGUUGAGUAAUGGUGCAGCUGACACUCUAUCUAAAGUCUCUGCAACAGAGAAAGAGGAAUCCAAAGAUGUGGGAGAUGUUGGAGUUGCUACUGCUGAGCCUGAAAUCCGCGAGGAAGUCCCAGAGGAAGUCGGAGCACAACCCUUUGAGCCAAAAAUCCUUGCGAGUACGCAAGAUGAUGUUUCUGCACCUUCACCGGUCAAUAUCGUCGCUCCGCUGGUAGAGGAGUCGUCCAAUGUCGAAGGAAUUCAAGUGGAGGCGUCCCCUGUUGAGCUUGCACCUCUUCCUCCUCACCCAAAAUUAGACAAUUCCAAUCCCGAGGUUAUUCCUGUUAUUCCUGUUAUUCCUCCUGUCUCUGCGGAACCGCCCAUACCCUCUUCCCAUGAAUUCGAGUCCAAUGACACACCAAAAGACGCCGUUCCGCAGCCUUCAGCCAUGCAGAGUUCUCCCACCGACAGCCACACCGAGGGAAAAGGCGAAAUAAAAAAAGAAUAA